GACCCGGAAGCAGACGGCGGGCGUACGGACAUUUAAACGGCGCGGAGCGGCGCGGCGCUGCGCUGCGCGGCCGUCUGGCCCUGUUACUGCACUAUGGAUCCACUGGGGCAUGCAAGAAGUGCUCCUGCCCAAGGUGCCAAGGAAGGAUUAAGCAAGCCCGCCGUUCCCCAGAAGAACGCUUACGCUCGGCUCGUGCAAAAGCACCACAGCGGUCGGUUCCGGUCCUACAUGAACCGCGUUGCACAGAAGAUGCAGCUGGAGGAGAGCAUGUCCAACGAGCACAGCUCGGACCUGGAGCCACCCCUGCGGAGAGGGCUGGUGAAGGAAAACCUGGCCAGGAACGGGUUGAACGUGCGCAGCUAUUCCCCAGUCAGAGCGUCUCACGUGGAACAGCCUGGAGGAUUUGAGAACGAUAAACCCCAAAGCCUUUUCAACAGAUGUCUUCAUAGGAAAAAUGCCAGUGUGAACUCAGAAGGAGACUUGGAGGUGGAGGAAGACUGCUAUGGACAUCGGCACGGAGCUGCGGCUGACCUGUUAAAUAGGAGCGAUGCCGUGGGUGGGCGAGUAUCAACCGGCCCGAGGCACAGCGCAGCGCUGCAGAAGUCUUCUGGUUCUGAUGAAAAGGAUGAGGAGGACACAUGGAGGAGGAAACAUAAGAAACGAGGCAGGUGUCCUGCCAACACAGAUAUGGCAGCUGGACACUUGUUGACUGAGCACUUUAGUGGGGACGUGCUGGCAGCAAAUGCCAGGAGAACCAGUCUCUUGUCUGCAGGUCAAGUCCAAGGUGCAGAAAAGAGAGGGUUUGCAAGGACCAGAAACAACUCGGAAUCUGCGAGAGCUCCCCAGAACUUCGAUAGGAAGAGACAACUUUCUGAAUCGCAGACAGAGACAAUGAGCAAUUCAGACAGCAGAAUAAAUCCUAGACAACUGGGAACUCCCAGAGGAGGAUCCUAUGCUGCUGUCCCAACAUCAGGUGACAGAAAGAAUCGCAAUAAGCCUGCUCGAGGGAAGAAGAAGAGUAUAUUUGAAGCCUACAUGUCAAAGGAAGAUGUUUCAGCAGGACUGAAAAGGGGAGAGCUUAUUCAGGGACCCUUGAGAAUAAAUCCUAAGAAGUACCACGAAGCCUUCAUUCCAUCUCCAGAUGGGACUCGCGAUAUCUUUAUUGAUGGAGUGGUUGCUCGCAACAGAGCCCUGAAUGGUGACAUCGUGGUGGUGAGACUGCUUCCCAGGGAGCAAUGGAAGGUAAUAAAGCCAGAUGGUGGUGACAAAGAAACAGAAGCCACGCAUGAAUCAGAUGUCCCCGAGGACAUGCUGGGGACUUGGGCUCCUCGAGAGGCAGCAAAAGGCGACGCCAAGAGUCCGGAUGUCAUUAUUGAAGCCCAGUUUGAUGAUGAUGAUGCAGAGCAUGGACAAGACCACUUGCAGGACACGUUGGCUCGUGACAUCAAGACACUUUCCCUGGAUACCGCUGAAAAGGUGAAAGCUGCUGGGAUGGGUGCUGUGCACAGAACAAAACAAGAGGAGGUACCCAAGGCGACUCCAGAUCCCAAGCUCCUCCCAGAUAAGUUCCUUCAGAGGACAGCUAAGGUGGUCUAUAUUUUGGAAAAGAAGCAUUCUCGAGCAGCUACAGGCUUCAUCAAGCUUCUGGCAGACAAGAACAGUGAGCUCUUCAAGAAGUGUGCCAUGUUCUCACCUGUGGACCACAGAGUGCCCAGGGCCUACGUGUCUUUGGCUGAUUGUCCCUCGGACUUUGUGGCCAGACCUGAGGACUAUUCAAAUAUGCUCUUCAUCUGUCGCAUAGUGGACUGGAAAGAAGAUAGCAACUUUGCAUCAGGGCAGUUGGCCAAAAGUCUUGGUCAGGCUGGGGAGAUCGAGCCGGAAACAGAAGGAAUCCUGACAGAGUAUGGCGUGGAUUUCUCUGACUUUUCCCCCGAAGCCCUGGAAUGUCUUCCCCAAGGCCUGCCCUGGGUUAUCUCACCGGGAGAGAUGGCCAAAAGGAGAGAUUUAAGGAAAGAAUGCAUUUUCACCAUCGACCCAUCAACUGCCAAAGAUCUUGAUGAUGCUUUGUCCUGUAAACAACUCCCUGACGGGAACUUUGAGGUGGGUGUUCACAUUGCGGAUGUAAGCUACUUCGUACUGGAAGAAACAGCACUGGAUAGAGUGGCGAGCGAGAGGGCAACGAGUGUCUAUUUAGUGCAAAAGGUGAUCCCAAUGCUUCCCAAGCUGCUCUGUGAGGAGCUGUGCAGUCUCAAUCCCAUGCGAGACCGCCUGACGUUCUCUGUGAUGUGGAAGGUGACUCCAGAAGGCAAGAUCCUGGACGAAUGGUUUGGGAGGACAGUCAUCUGCUCCUGCGCAAAGCUGAGCUACGACCACGCACAGAGCAUGAUAGAAAACCCCGGGAAGGUGUUCUCACCCGAAGAACUGCCCCCUAUCUCCCCUCAGCACUCAGUAGCUGAGAUCCAACAAGCUGUGCUGAAUCUGCAUCACAUCGCCCGGCACCUCCGCAAGCAGCGCUUCAUCGACGGUGCUCUGCGCCUGGACCAGCUGAAGCUCUCGUUUACCUUGGACCAGGAGAGUGGGAUGCCUCAAGGCUGCUAUAUCUAUCAGUACCGGGACAGCAACAAGCUGGUGGAGGAGUUCAUGCUGCUGGCGAACAUGGCCGUGGCCCAUCAGAUCUACCGCUCCUUCCCCGAGCAGGCACUGCUUCGCCGCCACCCGCCGCCCCAGAGCAAGCUGCUCAACGACCUGAUGGAGUUCUGCCACCAAGUCGGCCUUGAGAUCGACUUCAGCAGCGCAGGCAGCCUGCAUAAAAGCUUAAAUGAAACAUUUGGAGCUGACAAAUACUCUGAAGCCAGGAAAGAAGUGCUCACCAACAUGUUCUCCAGGCCCAUGCAGGAGCAGAGGAUUGGCAGUGCAAAGCCACGUCAGCGCCCCUCAGAAAGGACAGAGCUUCCAAGCAGGAAGAGGACUUCUCACUACCUACCCCUGCUACUGGAGCAGAUGGGAAAAUCAGCCCCGUCCACCCAUCCCCACAGCCUGUAAUGGAGGAGAGCACAGCUCUGAGCUGGCAGCUGCAGAGCGGGCUGACACAGGGCUGGGCCGUGGCUCUGACAGAUGGUGCGGAGAGGCCCCGUGUCCCAGCGCACGGCUCCAGGUGAUGGAGCGGGUGUCUCGGGGACAAGGCCGCGUCCAGCCAGCUGUAACAAAAGCAGGUUGAUCCCAUGCUCGUGCCACACUGCCUCGUCCGUCUUGGCUGCGUGCUGGUGGCCAUCAGCCUCAUGGAGGAGGCAGGCGGUGGGUAACGCGGGUGUCUGCCUGGAUUGCCGCACCAGGAGCUCGUAACAGAUGAAAGAGCAGUGACAUAUCAUUUUUCAGGGGCUCAGUCACUCGGGGAUUCAAUCUGUCCGCAAGAGCAGAGCCAGCCCAGGUUGGCUGGGGCUGAUUUAUUUCCAGGCUCCUUAUUGUUCUCCUGGGAUUGUGGCAGUCAGACCCUGGGGCUUUGCGACCACUUGCUAGUCAAAUCUGCUAAUGGGAAAACAUCUGCUCUACAUCAGGCUGGUAUUACUGCGGAGUGCCGUCGUGGUAAUGAGGACAGGUAGCAGACAAGUGCCAGCGUGUAACCCUACCACGGCCCAAAGGAGCAUCCCAUCCCAUCUCCCAUCCCUGGAGGCACCAAGGCCAGGUUGGAUGGGCCUGAUCUGGUGGGGGGCAGCCCGCCCACAGCGGGGGUUUGGGGCUGGGUGGGCUUUGAGGUCUGCCCCCAACCCACACCACUGUAUGAUUUUAUGAUUCUGAGAUUCUGCUGUGACAUCAAGCUAUUCCCAGCCUCAGCAAGGGUCAUCGCUCGCCAUAAGGGUGCUGAAAGCCGGACCAGCAGCAGCUGGACUUGGCACAUCCAUCAGGAAACGCCCUGGAUAACAGCGGGCAGCAUCUCUGUGACUUCUCUGAGCGUGUCUCCCUGCCCGACCGCGCAGAGCCGCGUUCAGUGGGAGCUGAACUAAUUGAGUGGAGACCAUACUUCGUGGAGUCCAUCAGAAACAAUUUAGUUCUGGGUUGUGGAAAUUGGCAGCUCCUAGCCCUGCUCUUGGGUCUCAUAAUAAGGCCGGGACCGACGCUGCUUUUUUUAACCUGCACUAUUUACUUGCCCGGAUCAGUGCGUUGCUGCUCAGCGGGAGCUGGCUGCGCCGCCGUGCUGGAGAGCGGAGGAUGCAGCUGCCCAAACCGUGGCUCCCACGACAGCUCUGUAAUCAGAGCUGCCUACUCCUGUUUGUUUUAAAUCACUUGCUCUUAUUUUUAAACGGGUUCAUUCAAUCGCCACUGUGCCGUGACCCCGCUGCCACCCCCUGACCCCGCAGCCUCCCCUCCCCGCCUGGGCUCGGGCUGUGUUGUUUUCCCAGCCCCGAGGGCUGCUGUUUCACAGAUGUAAAAAUAAAAGCUGUAACACGUGUGAUGAGAACAGGGGCGGCAGAGCCUGCGGCCAGACCCAGAACCCGGAGAGCUCAGGCUCUGUCUUGCUGGCUGAGAUCCCUCCAGCCUCAUGGUCCUGCACUGCCCUCCUUUCUCACACCCUCCCCUUGC